CGGCCACAUGGCAUACAACACUUCUGACGUCAUCACCACAUACAUGGGACACUCGGACGUACAAACACCGGUGGAUUUCAGAAAGGGGAAUGAGAAGGGGAGGAAUAGUGGGGGGGAGAGGAAGGGAGACAAACUGAAGAGCGAGAGAGAAGAGAAAGAGGCGAAUGAUUCGGAUUAUUUGGAGCAGACGACUGCCGCCACUGAAGCCGGCAAUGACGUAGUGUUCAUACCGUCAGGCAACAGCGAUGCCCAAAGUUUCAGAAGGGCCGGGAGGGCCAGGGGGGACGAGUACUCUGUGAAGGACAUGAUGGAACGCGUCGCGGUCGGAGACGUCAUUAAUGAGCGGUAUAAGACGGAGACAGAACCACCCGAAGGCGGCGUCGUCUUCAAACCGGGAAAGAACGACGAAAGAACGGAAGAGAAGAUAAAACACGAAUUAGACGACGAGAAAAUAGAACAAGCCGUCAAAGAGUACAAGGAGGCCUACGAGAAUCCCAUGGACUGCGAGAAUUUAGACUGCGAGAAUGUGCUGGAGGCCAUCUGUGGAGUGAAGUUGGAGAAUAAGAGGCCUAAAUAUAGGCUUUUUAAGAAUGAGUGCUUUUUUAGGAAGGUGAAUUGUGGGCUUCGGUAUGAUUAUAAUAGGUACAGAACGGUGUCAAUCGACCAAUGCGACGGAGUAGGCAGCCACCUGCCUCCUCAGGAGCAGACUGGCUGGCUGCAGUACCAGCCCAGACCUUUGCCAAGGAGUCAGCCAAGUGGUGGUGGUGGUCAGAGCAGCGGGCGACGAAGCGCUUCUAGACGAGCCAUGACAUCAAACCCCAACGGCCUCCCCUGCGACCACUUCUGUCCGGUUCGCUGUCCGGAGGUGUACGCGCCUGUAUGCGCGUACACGUACCCGGAGCGAGCACGCGUGUUCCAAAACCACUGUCUACUAGACCUGCAGUCGUGUAAUGAUGGUUCAGUUUGGCACGAACGUGCGCUUUCCGAAUGCGCGGGCGACGUGCGCGCGGAGGUGCACGAACGCGCGGCUUUCAUCGGCUGGAUGCAGCGCAUGGGCAUCCUCGAUAAAAAGGGACAUCUUGUCAUGUGA